AUGGGCUGUUGGACAAAGCUGAGGUUGUCCGGCUGGGCUUACCCCACCGCUGUCCUGUCACUCUAUGGGUUUUUUGCUAACUGCAGAGUAGCAGAGCCCUUCCUCACACCAUACCUAAUUGGACCACACAAGAACAUCUCUGGAGAAGUGGUGACCAACUACCUGUUCCCUAUCUGGACAUACUCCUACCUGGCGUUCCUUUUCCCCGUCUUCCUUCUGACUGACUUCCUGAGGUACAAGCCUCUCAUUAUGGUGCAGGGGCUCUUCCUCGUAACCAACUAUAUCCUGCUCUGCUUUGCCCCUGGUCUGCCUGCUAUGAUUUUCCUUCAGGUCAACUAUGCCGUGGUGACUUCCACAGAAGUGGCCUACUUUUCCUACAUUUACAGCAUAAUUCCAGUUGAGAAUUACCAAAGAGCCACUGGUUACCUGCGCAGUGCAAUGCUGGCUGGAUAUACGUUUGGCGCCAGCCUUGGCCAAGUGCUCGUCUCCUUCGCAGGAGUGGACUACUUCUACAUCAAUGCCAUCACUCUGGGGAUUGUGAGCAUGGCUUUUCUCAUCUCCUUCUGUUUGCCCAUGCCUCAGAGGACCAUGUUCUUCAAAGGGAAAAACAUUGCAGCUGUACACUCACUGUCCCAGCAGGAGGGGCCACUGGGAGCACACUGGCCUGAGGAACCAGUGACGGAUAAGGAUGGAGCUGGCUCAGGGAAGGAGCAAAUGGAGCAUAAUGGCAGCCCCGGCUGGUGCAGCAGGGAAAAUGUAGCCACUGCAGGCUAUCUACUUUGGCAAAGCUUCAGGGAGUCAUACUCUUCCAGGCAUUUAGUCUACUGGUCCCUGUGGUGGGCUCUGGCCACAGCUGGCUACGUGCAGGUCUUCAACUACAUCCAGCUGAUGUGGGACCAUAUAGAAUCAUCUGCCACCUCAUCCAUCUACAAUGGGGGUGUAGAGGCUGCAUGCUCUCUUGUAGGUGCUGCAGCAGCCUUCUCUGUGGGCCACAUCAAGGUGACCUGGGCCGUAUGGGGAGAGCUGGCAUUAGGGUUGUUCUCAGCUGUAGGGGCAGGUUCUGUGUUUCUGAUGGCUUUCACCAGCAGUAUCUGGGUAUGCUACGCUGGUUACGUCAUAUUCAAAUCCUGCUACAUGCUUCUCAUCACCAUUACAACUUUUCAGAUUGCAUCUAACCUCUCCAUGGAGUGCUAUGCUUUGACAUUUGGGGUCAACACCUUUGUGGCCCUCUCACUGCAGACCAUCAUUACGGUCAUUUUUGUGGAUGAAGCUGCACUGGGACUGGACAUUGUGACGCAGUUCAUCGUCUACGGCAGCUACUAUGCUGCCAUCUCGGUGCUCUUUUUGAUUCGAGGGACUUACACCGCCUGCGUAAAUUGUCACAGUCCUGGGCAGACAGGGGCCAAGGAACAAGAGCCCAGUGCGGAGGUGAUCUCUGCUGAACGUUUCUGA